AUGACAAUGGUGAUGAUAAUAGAAUCUGCAGAGUUUAUGGAAGGUAGCUUUGGGAUUGAAAGAGGCCAACCAGAACAAGAUGAUUCUUCUGAAUCUAAACGGAAAGAAUCAUCCGGAGAAACAAUGAAGUUUGUAGUGAAGAGUGAUGACUCCAAAGAACCUGAAGGAUCUGAAGAAUCUAAGACAGAAUCAACAGAACCCCUUGAAAGUGAAAAAAAAUCUGUAUCACAAUAUGAACACCUGAAAAGUAUGGCAUCUGAACUAGGAGUCACGAUGCCUGAGUAUCCUGAAGAUGGUUUUCCAGAUGCAGUAGAAAUAGAACCACUUAGAAACAAGCUCACCCAGUUCCAGAAUAACUGGCAAAAAUUAGAACAACAUAUUACAGAAUCCCUUUUGGUCCAGAGUACUGAAUUGGAGAUUGAUGGGCAGACUCCAGAAAUGCUGCUUAAUAAGACUGUGCAAGCUAUGCAAC